ACAAGGAAUAACUGGAAAUGAGUGAUUUGAUUAUUAGAGGGCCCAAAAGAACAAUAGAAACACCUUCUAAAGGAUUUGGACAGUAUAUUUUUGAGAGGGCUGAUGAAUUGGGUGAUAAAAUAUGUCAGAUUGACGGCAACACUGAUGAAAUAGAAACAUAUGCUCAAGUCAAGUCCAGAUCAACUAAAGUGGCCUUAGGAAAACAACAACUUGGUUUUAAACCAAAAGAAAUCGCAUUUUUGUGUUGUAAAUCUGGUAUAAACAACAUAACUCUAGUCCUAGCAACAUUGUACUUGGGAGGAUAUGUCAGUUCUGCUAAUCCAAAACAAUCAACUUCCGAAAUACGGUAUUUAAUGAGUUUGGUAAAACCAAAAAUGAAUUUUGUAGACCAGGAAUCGGUCGAGUUGAUACAUCAUAGUUUAGUGGGUCUGGAUUUAACACCUUGCAUUAUUGUAAUUGGAAACUCUGACAAGUACACUCUAAAAUCCUUGGAGAAGAUUUACGAUGAAGAAAAGUUUUUUCGUCCAGUGCCACAGAAACUCGCUGAUAUAGCUUUUAUUAUGUUUAGUAGUGGAACUACUUCAUCUCCUAAAGGAAUAUACGUAACGAACAAAUAUCUCUUGGACAGAGGAAUGAUGACAUUAGAAAACGCUGAUACUUCGAAACCUGGAGUCAUAAUGCACUUUACCUCAUUUUACUGGAUAUCUGCCUGGUUUAUGACUAGUGCCGCAAUUGCCACUGGAUCUGCCAAGGUUGUUGGAAGUGGCAUUUCAGCCGAAAAAUGCUUGUACCUCGUAGAAAAAUAUAAAGUUACUUUCAUUUCUAUGUCCAACAGUUACACCUACGAAAUAACCUCUCUAAGUAAAGAACUCAUCGAGAAAUAUGAUACGAGUUCAUUACUUUCCAUUGCGGUAGUAGGAUCGCCGGCACAUCCAGCUCAAAUAAGUAAACUUAGGCAACUAUUGCCCUAUACCCAUGUAUGUAUGGGAUAUGGGUCAACUGAAACAAAUAGUAUCACUUAUUUUGAUUACACUGACCAAGAAGCUUAUAAGAACAAGAUACAAUCUUCUGGAACCUUAAGGCCUGGCGUUGAAUUAAAAAUUAUUGAUUUGACAACAGGCCACCUGCUGGGACAUAAUCAAGAAGGAGAAAUCCGAAUCAGGAGUCCAUCCUCAAUGUCAGGCUACCACAACCUCGACACAAACGCCGCUUUUGACGAGGACGGCUUUCUAAAAAUCGGUGACCUCGGUUAUUACGAUCAGGACCACUACGUCUACGUCACAGGGCGAGUGAACGACACCUUCAAAUACCAAACCAAUCAGAUCAUUCCUAGUGUCAUUGAAAACGUCAUAGUUCCGCAUCCAGCAGUGGUAGAGACUGUAGCUUUUGGCGUAAAACAUUUAGUAGAUAAUAAUCAUCCAGGAGCUUUGGUAGUUUUGCAACCGAUGUCUGAAGUGGAUGCGAAAGAAUUGAUGGUUUAUACAAAUGAACGGGUAUCAAAUAGUCAUAGACUGAGAGCUGGAAUUUUAGUUGUGAACGAUAUUCCGAAGACACCAACAGGGAAAAUACAACGUAGGACUAUCAAAGAAAUGUUAAAUAAAAUGUUUAGUUUACAAAAUUUUAAUACUGCAUUUCAUUCAGUAAAUUGUAAAUCAUAGAAUGUUGAGACUG